UUGGCUAUUUAAACUAACGUCAAAGCCAGCUGUCACUACUGUCAGGUGCUUCUAGUCAGGUGACAGUCCUGAAUAUUUUUAUUCUUUCAAAAAAUUUAUUAAAAUGGCUUUACAUUCUGCUAUGAAAGGGAAAUUAAUUUCCGUGAUCGGAGACGAGGAUACUUGUGUUGGGUUUCUUUUGGGUGGAGUUGGAGAAAUUAACAAGAAUCGCCACCCCAACUUUUUGGUGGUUGAUAAAGGUACACCAGUCAGUGAAAUUGAAGAGUGUUUCAAGAGAUUUAUCAAAAGAGACGAUAUUGAUAUUAUUUUGAUUAAUCAGAAUAUUGCUGAGUUGAUUAGGCAUGUGAUUGAUGGUCACACUUCUCCAAUUCCAGCUGUCCUGGAAAUUCCAUCAAAGGAUCACCCAUAUGAUGCCAGCAAAGAUUCCAUUCUCAGACGUGCAAAGGGAAUGUUCAAUCCUGAUGAAAUGAUGUAACUUAUUGUUUAUGUAUUGUUACUUGUUGUAUUAUACAUGUAGAAAAAAUAGAAAAGUGUAAAUACAUUCCUUGUAAAAUUUAUUCAUAUUAAACAUGUCUUACAAUU